AGAAUUAUAAAUAUGACCUUGUGUGUGAAAUGUUCCAAAAUGACUCUGAACGAUAUAAUAUCUCUGGAUGUGGGUGGAACAAGAUUUCAGAUUUGAUACAACCAGACAAACUCUUCUCCGUGAUCCUAACUCAAUGAUAGCAAAAAUGUUCGAUCCCAGCUCAGCAAUGCAACCAGGAGUUUUGAGAAAUGGAGCAUACUUCAUUGAUCGUGAUCCAGAACCAUUUAAACUAGUGCUUAAUUAUCUUAGAAGUAGUGUACUACUUACAAGUUCUCCUAGUGAACUACAGGCUGUGUUAUGCGAAGCAAGAUAUUUUAGUUUACUUGGAUUAGAGGAAUUAGUUCUACAGCGAUUAGAAGAAAAAGAAGAUAAACCUGAGGAGGUUCUAGAGGAGUACGAUGUUUUUAGUUUAAAUGUUGGAGGGCGCUUAUUUCAAAGCUCGAAGGAGACUCUCUGUAAAUAUUCAACUUCUAAGCUAGCUAUGUAUGUUGAAGGAAAGCUUAAGCAGAAUUUUGAUUCUAAUGGAAUACUUUUUAUUGACGAGGAUCCACAGGACUUCGAAUAUAUUUUAAGAGCUUUAAGAAAUGCUAGUAAUGUACCUACAGCUGUUCCAAAGGAACAUAUAGAUAAUGUAUUGAAUCUUAGAGAUAAUCUGGAAAUUAGGGAAAUCAAGUUUGGAUACCGUGAACAGUCCAAUAGUUUUGUUUCAGAAUAUUUCCUUAGUGUUUGUAGAUAGUUCACAGUACACUUGUAUCCAUGAAGCAGGGCUUCCGAUCCGGAUCAAAAAAUUUUACUCUAUUGAUCCGGAUUCGCAAUAAAUAUUUGCAUACACAGAUCCGGAUCCAAGGGGUAAAUCAUCGACCAAUAUGUCUAAAAAUCAGACUAAACAAGUUACGGCAAAAAUAUUUCGAAAUUUUUGAGAAUUAUUAAUUUUAAACUUAAAGAUAUGUUAAUUGUUAAUGUCCUAUCUAAUUAGAUCCUUAGAUCUGCCAUGAACCUUAUUGUUAUUCACUUGAAAU